GCUGUGCCAGCACUGCACCCAGCAGGAAGGACCCACUGUGGGGCCAGGACGAGGCAAAACCACAGAAAAGAGGAAGCCCUAGAGUGCCCCAGCGCAGUGGCACAGCUGCCCGGGCAGACGCAGGCACCUCGCACGCCACCGCGCCAGCGCUUCCCCGGUGCGGGUCUGUCACCCAAGAAGGUGACAGCCAGCUCAGCAGCAUGCUCCGGGCAUUGCCACGGCUGCCCUGGGGCUGGCCCGGCGUGAAGGUGGCGGUCACUGCCGGGGUGUUUGUAACCACCCUCUGGAACCUGAGGUGCUUCCUCGACCCCUCUGAGGUCUCCAGAGAAGCCCCCAAGCACACUAAGCCGCUGGUGGUCCUGGUGUGGGCAUGGCCCUCAAAGCAGGUCCCCAACAUCAGUGGGGACGUUUGCCGUGAGCUGUACGGCAUCGCGGGCUGCUUGCUCACCACGGAGCGGCAGCUCCUGCACCGGGCAGACGUGGUGGUGUUUCCCCACACCAGGCUGCAGCCCGGCAGGGACAGGCUGCCCAAGGAGAGGCCGCCAGGGCAGAACUGGGUGUGGGUCUCGCUGGAGUCCCCUUCCAACACUAAAGCUCUAGCGGGAUGGAACCAGACCUUCAACUGGGUGAUGACAUACAGGCGGGACUCAGACAUCUUCAUCCCCUACGGCAAGCUUGUGCCCAACCGGUCAGCUACCGUGAAUAUCCCCACAAAGACCAAUUUGGUGUCCUGGGUUAUCAGCAACUACCAUAGGACUCAGAAAAGAGCUGAAGUCUACAAAAACCUCUCUAGGUACCUCCAUGUUAACAUAUACGGGAAAGCAAACAAAAAGCCGCUUUGCAAGGACUGCCUCUUGCCAACAACAUCCAAGUCCAAGUUCUACCUGGCCUUUGAGAACUCCAUUCACCAGGACUACAUCACUGAGAAGCUCUGGAGGAACUCGCUGCUGGCUGGCACCGUGCCCGUGGUGCUGGGCCCUCCAAGGGCCAACUACGAGCAGUUUGUCCCUGCAGACUCUUUCAUUCACAUCGAUGACUUUGGUUCCCUGGCAGAGCUGGCCACCUUCCUGAAGACCAUGAACUCCAGCCGCUACCGGCAGUUCUUUGCCUGGCAGAAGAGGUACAGCGUGAAGCUCUAUGCUGACUGGAGGGAGCGCAUCUGCACCAUCUGCACCACCUACCCCAGCCUGCCCCGUGGCCACGUCUAUCCCGACCUGGAGAGCUGGUUCAACGCCUAGCACAGGGCGAUGUGUGCUGUAACCAUCAGGGACGCUUCUGGGGUGAGGGGAGCCUGGGACACCCUCCUACAGAGCAGGACAUGGGGCAUGGAGGGACACGGAAGCCCUGACCUCUCUUCCCAGUCCAGCUGUUGCCACACUGGGACCUUGAGCAACUCUACGUGACUUAAUUUCUUGCAAAACAGGACUAACCCCCCACCCCCAGACCCAACACUGACCUACCUCGCCAGGGUGCUGGCAGGACAAGAGGGUGCUUUGGAAGUAAAUGAUACAGUGCUGCAGA